AGUAGAACAAAUGGGAGUUAACGGAAGGCGUAUACACAGUUGUCAAAAGUUACAUCGCAGCUGACACGAGAGCUGACAGUUGAAUUAUUAACUAUUGUGCCAACGAACGCGAGAAAAAUCCAAGAUAGUUGAAACGCGAGAGGUCUCAUCGUGGUGACAGUAUGUUCCGUACCUCAACGAUUUUUGACAAAUUAUUGGAUAAGGCGACGAGCCAUUUGCAGUUGGAGCCAGACUGGCCGACGAUUUUGCAAAUCUGCGAUCUCAUACGUCAGAGUGAUGUUCAGCCAAAGGUUGCGCUUACCGCUAUAAAGAAGAAGAUCACAAACUCUAAUCCACACGUAGCAUUGUAUGCGUUAUUGGUAUUAGAGUCCUGUGUGAAAAAUUGUGGGACGCUUAUUCAUGAUGAAAUCACCACCAAGCAGUAUAUGGAACAAUUGAAAGAAUUAGUCAAGACAUCGCAACAUGAAAAUGUCAGGCAAAAGACAUUAGAGCUCAUUCAAGCUUGGGCUCAUGCAUUUCGCAAUAGUCCGAAGUACAGGGCUGUUCAGGAUACAUUGAAUAUAAUGAAAGCUGAGGGUUAUCAAUUUCCUGCUUUGAAAGAAAGUGACGCCAUGUUCAGAGCUGAUACAGCACCUGUGUGGGCAGAUGGCGAAGUAUGCCAUAGAUGUCGCAUAGCUUUCGGCUUAGUUCAACGAAAGCAUCAUUGCAGAGCUUGUGGCCAAGUAUUCUGCGGUCAGUGUUCCAGCAAGCACUCUACCCUGCCCAAAUUUGGGAUUGAGAAAGAAGUUCGAGUUUGCGAGGCUUGUUAUGAAAAAGUUAACAAGCCAUCUACAGUACAAGCCAAAGAUACUGAUCUUCCAGCUGAAUAUAUCAAUAGCACUUUGUCUCAGCAACAACAGGUUCCACCUCGGAAGACGGAAGAAGAGCUGCGAGAGGAAGAAGAAUUGAAUUUGGCGAUAGCUUUGAGUCAAAGCGAGGCUGAGCAGAAGGAGAAAGAAAAGAAACGCGCUACGAGUGCUUUGAAAUCCAAUUCCACUCCCAUAUCAAGAAUAACAUAUUCGCCGCCGCCAUCUCCUGGUCCUAGCCCGUCACGGACGCAAGAGGAGGAUGAGGUCGAGCCCGAGCUUGCGAAAUAUCUGAAUCGCAAGUACUGGGAACAGAGGCAGACUGUGAUCGAGGAACACGGAUCAAGAGCGGAUGUGACCAGCCCGUCCGCGCCGAACAUAAGCAGCCCGAUGCCUCAGAAAGUUGUGCUCAUGAAACAAGAAAACGGCGAGGUUGACAAUCAGAUGGAAGAAUUCGUAAGCGGCUUGAGGUCUCAGGUCGAGAUUUUCGUGAACCGGAUGAAGAGCAAUUCCUCGAGAGGAAGAUCGAUCGCUAACGACAGCUCGGUUCAAACUCUAUUCAUGAACAUAACGGCCAUGCAUUCCAGAUUAUUGAGAUAUAUUCAAGAGCAAGAUGACAGUAGAGUGUAUUACGAAGGUUUGCAAGAUAAAUUGACACAGAUAAAAGAUGCCAGAGCUGCUCUGGACGCCCUUCGGGAGGAACAUAAGGAGAAGUUGCGCAGGAGAGCGGAAGAAGCUGAGAGGCAGCGGCAGAUGCUGAUGGCGCAGAAACUGGCGAUCAUGCGAAAGAAGAAACAAGAAUACCUGCAGUAUCAGCGGCAGCUGGCUCUUCAGAAGAUACAAGAGCAAGAGAGAGAAAUGCAAAUGCGUCAAGAGCAACAGAAGCAGCAAUAUAUAAUAACAGGUUAUCAAGCGGUCUCCGGCUUUAUGGGACCCUCCCAAGGUUCACCGGUUCGUCAUGUUCAGUAUCCAACUCCUGGAGCUAAUUACAAUCCUAUGUCACCGACGAAUCAAGGAGUUUACAUGUACGGGCAACCAUCGAUGGGCCAGUACCCCAUGCAAGGUUACAACAUGCCGCCGAUGAACGCCCUGCCGGUACACAUGAUGCCGCAGAUCCCCAAUCCGGAGCAGCAACCAUCGGAUCCAUCCAUGCAGGGACAAGAGAACAUCGGUAGAGUGCCUAUAUCGGGCCCAAUGAUGCCUCAGAUGACACCGCCCAUUCAGCAACUUCAGCCACCGAAUAACCAUCAGAUAUCCGGACCGCAGCAACAGGGUCCUCCGGUGCACGUGCCGACAGGACAGGCCUCGGCAGGUAGGCACAUGCCACCUCAGCAGGUGCCCACGUCCAAGAUACCGCAGCUAGUUCCUCAAGUCGUGUUACCCUCGGUGUCUCAAGGUCACAUGAGCACCUCGUCGGCAGGCCCGGUGGCUCCGGGAGGACACGCCGGAGCCAUGGUCGGCAUACCACCGCAAAUCGGGUCGCAACAGCCGUCCACCUUGCCCGGUACUCAAGGAUCACCGAUGUCGGCGCACGUCUACAACACCGCCAUCUCGUCGCAACCCACGGGCGUCAUCCAAGUGCCUGCCGGGAGCGGACCCGCGACGAGUCAAGCUCUAGCUGGGUCCGGUGUGCCGCCGGCGAUGCAGGGAAUGCCGCAGAAUCCGGCAGCGGCUCAGUCGAUGCCGUUCCAGCCUACUCCGCCGGCCCCGGCCGCAGCCAGCGAGGCUCCGCAGGAGGAGGAAGAUACGAAACCCAGAACAGCAGAGCUUAUUUCCUUCGAUUGAAUGUACUCGAUAUAUUUCGAUGGGAUGUCACGUGUAUUUAAGGGGUUGCAUCACUCGGUUCUUCGCGCUUCAUAGUUUGAUAUCGAUCCCGAAACAUCGUCAAGUGGUACAUUUUUACGUAUUUUUAUGUAAAAAUAUAGUUCUCGUACGUUACGGUCGAUACUUGAUACGUGAUAAUAAAUAAGCGAAUCUAUACGUAAGAUAGUCGUUGCCACGUGUUACACACAAGCAAACGAAUAUUCAUAACUUAAUCCUUCACAUUUUAACAGAUAUUUUUUUUCCUUUUGGAUUAUUCUUGAAAAUUUCAACUGUUCUUUGAAAAGGAGAAGUUCACGCCUUACUGACUUUCUGUGCUCAUCGAGCCUCUUAAGUUAAUAUUUUACGCUUCUGUCUAAAUUAAGUAUAUUGAUAUCACAAGAAUAAGAUUGAGAGAUAGCUGGUUACUUGUUUUAUUGAACGAAAUAUUGCCUUCGGUAGCAAAAUCAUAAUUUUAUGCCCCCUUUUUUAUUACAAUACAAUGCUAGAAACAUGUUUCUAUGAAAUAUAUAUGAGAAAUGAAUAAAAUAUAUAAAUAGAUUAACAUAGCAGGAUAUACAUGUAAUAAUGCAGAAAGUUUCAACCCUAUGCUGUAUUAGUUUUCUAUAUUCUGUGCAAUUUAUAAUACCAAAAUAAAAUUGUUUCUUGCACUGUGUACUAUUAGAUUGUUGCAAUAUAAAAUGGCUGAUAUAUCGUAGGAUGACAAGGUCGAUUAUUGUUUCAACAAUAAAAAUUGCCGACAGAUAGUGCGAGUGAUAUGCCAAAUUAAAGUGUAAGAGUCCACCACGGAUCUCUCACCGACUGAUUUUGCGAAACAAAGGAAAAAUUGCUUAUGUGAUAGAAUUAUAUGUAUAUUCACAUCCUUAUUAUCUCUAAUCACUCUAAUUUAAAUAUAUAUACGUAUAAAAUGAUCAAUACUACCUAGAGAUUGUAAUUUUGCUUUAUUUUUUAAAUUAUAGAAAAACUAUAACCAA